UCCCAAGUUGUUUGUACUUCUAGAAUCUAUGGUUUCUGAUUGCUUGUCGUUUUCCUGCCGUAAAUUGUAAUUUGUAUUGUAAUUGUUCAUUGAAGUUUUAAAUAAAACGACGAUCUAAAGAUAGUAACAGUUUUUAAUUACGUAGGUUGUGGCUUAUCGAACAACCUUGCUAAACCAUAAGAUCGUUGAGCUGUUGUCCACUUUAACUCGAAUAUGAAAUUCAAGUUCUGCUCUGAGGGAGACUGUCCGCUGUGGGCGUUGGCGGCGCUGCACGCGCUCGGUGCCCUGCCCGCGCAACUCUUCAGGACUCUGCUUCAUCAUAUCACUGAAGAACAGCCGGAUGAUGGCAUCAUGGAGAUAUUGAAGAACACCAACUUAUCAUCACGCGAGGAGAGCGCGCGCGCAGCAGCAGUGAUCCGGUGGACGCUGCAGCAGGCGCAGCGCUGCGGGUGCAGCGGCGUGCAACUAGCGCGGGACUUGUUAGUGCUGGGCGUGCCGCGCGCGCACGCAGCUGCAUUUGCGGAGGCCGCGGAUAACACGCGUGAGGCAUACGUUGAUAAUGCACGAGAAAAAGCUUUAUUUGUUAACAAACUGACGGAUAUUACAACAGCCUCAGGUCCUGAUGGUACAAUAGAUGUCGUUAAAGUGACGCUUAAUUCAGAGGAAGUGUUCAGCGGAGAACAGAGGAUUACAGAUCUGUUAGUUGAUAAGUCUAUGUUGAAAACUUUGCUCGAAGAAUUGAAGGCUGCAAGAAUGAAAAUGGAGGAAAUUAGCACAGAAGUAAAUGACUCGCAGAAUCUAUAAUGGAUUUGAAUUCAAGCUUGUAAUAUGUUGAUUUCGUUAUAUUUUAAUUUAAUAAAUCAUUCCGUAAUUCA